AUGUUUCUGACUUCUGUGUCAGGCUUUUUAGCCCUCUCUUUGUUGAACCAUGGUGUCCUAGCUCAGAACCAGCCUGACGUUAUCACCGAUGAUACUCAUUUCUACGGCCAAUCGCCACCGGUAUACCCUACACCUGAGCAAGCGGAAACUGGUUCUUGGUCCAUUGCUGUCUCCAAAGCGAAAGGGCUGGUGGCCCAGUUGACUCUUGAAGAAAAGGUCAACUUGACUGCAGGAGGCCAAACAGCCACUGGUUGUUCCGGCUUCAUCCCUGGAGUUCCCCGUCUAGGUUUUCCAGGCUUGUGUUUGGCAGACGCAGGAAAUGGCGUAAGGAACACGGACUACGUUAGCGCAUUUCCAGCUGGUAUCCAUGUGGGCGCAAGCUGGAACCCCGAGUUGACUUACAGCCGGAGUUAUUACAUGGGCUCUGAGGCCAAGACCAAAGGCGUAAACGUUCUCCUUGGUCCCGUCUUUGGUCCUUUGGGACGCGUCGUCGAAGGUGGCCGCAAUUGGGAAGGUUUCUCAAACGACCCUUACCUUGCUGGCAGACUUGGACACGAAGCAGUGGCCGGCAUUCAGAAUGCUGGAGUUGUUGCUUGUGGAAAGCAUUGGCUUGCUCAAGAGCAAGAAACGCACAGACUUGCCGCACGCGCUACCAAUGCAGAGGCUAUAUCCUCAAAUGUCGAUGACAAGACGCUCCAUGAGUUGUACAUGUGGCCUUUUGCUGAUGCAGUCCAUGCAGGACUUGCCAGUGUCAUGUGCAGUUACAACCGAGCCAACAACUCCUAUGCUUGCCAGAACUCUAAACUUCUCAAUGGUCUUCUCAAGGGAGAGUUGGGCUUCCAAGGUUUCGUCGUUUCGGACUGGGGUGCCCAGCACUCUGGUAUGGCUUCAGCUCUGGCAGGUCUUGAUGUUGCAAUGCCCAGCUCCAUCGUGUGGGGCAAGAAUCUAACGCUUGGUGUUAACAAUGGAACUAUUCCUGAAUCACACGUCGAUGGCAUGGCUACCAGAAUCCUUGCUACAUGGUAUCAGCUCAACCAGGAUCAGCCAGACUUCCCUACUCCCGGUCACGGACUGGCCAAGGACCUCACGGCACCUCAUCCCAUUGUAGAUGCUCGUAACGCGAGUUCCAAGUCUACGCUAUGGGAUGGCGCGGUAGAAGGCCAUGUCCUUGUUAAGAACGACAAUAAGACACUACCGCUCAAGUCCGAUCUGAAGCUUGUAUCUCUAUUCGGAUACUCACACAAGGCCCCUGACAAGAACAACCCAGAGCCCGUGGUCGAGGGUGCCAUGUUUGCUCCCUGGGCUAUCGGUGCCCAAUCUGCCAACAUUACUGAGCUUAACGGGGGUUUCUUGGGAAACUUGAACCUUACAUACUCAGCCAUUGCACCCAACGGUACCAUCAUCUCUGGAGGAGGUUCCGGCGCCGCUGCCGCAAGCUGGAUUAGUUCGCCAUUCGAUGCCCUUGUUUCUCGGGCAAGAAAGGAUGGUACUGCACUAUUCUGGGAUUUCGAAAGCUGGGAUCCUUCUGUUAAUCCUACAUCUCAAGCUUGCAUCGUUGCUGGAAACGCUUGGGCCAGCGAAGGCUGGGACAGACCUGCUGUUUAUGAUGACUACACUGAUAGUCUAAUCAACAACGUCGCCGACAAAUGCGCAAACACAAUUGUUGUUCUUCACAACGCUGGAGCUCGUGUCGUGGAUGGUUUCAUCAGCCACCCCAACGUCACUGCUGUUAUCUACGCACACCUUCCAGGUCAGGACAGUGGAGAAGCACUUGUUUCUUUGCUUUACGGAGAUGAGAACCCUUCAGGUCGUCUUCCAUACACUGUCGCCCGCAACGAGACUGACUAUGGUAUUACACUGAAGCCAGACUUGACUCUUGCCCCCAACAAGUUCCAGCAUUUCCCACAAUCCGACUUCUCUGAGGGUGUCUUCAUUGACUACCGACAUUUCGAUGCCAAGAACAUCACGCCUCGCUACGAGUUUGGCUUCGGUUUGAGUUACACCACAUUUGAGUAUACUGAUCUCCAAGUCUCCGGUCCUGGGGCACAAGCCUCCGAAUACCCGACUGGGGCUCUUACUGAGGGUGGCCGCGCAGACCUUUGGGAUGUUGUUGCUGUUGUCUCAGCCAAGGUCAGCAACACUGGUGACGUCGAUGGUAAGGAGGUUGCCCAACUGUACGUCGGUACUCCUGGGGAUGACGUUCCCGUUAGACAACUCCGUGGCUUUAAGAAGCCCAGCAUCAAGUCUGGAGAGACUGUGGAAGUCAAGUUCGAGCUUACUCGUCGCGACUUGAGUGUUUGGAAUGUUGUCGCCCAAGAAUGGCAGCUCCAACGGGGUGAUUAUAACAUCUUUGUUGGAAGCAGCAGUCGGGACCUUCCUCUUCAAAGCACGCUGAAGAUUGGAGCAUAG